UGUCUGCUUGCGCUUGUUGUCAAGUUUGAGUGGGAGACCCAAAACCCCAGUGCCUGUCCCAGCCACAAUAGACACCGCAACCAGGGGGUUGCGUGCUUUUGCAGAAUGACUCCGGCGAAGAACGGCAUGCCGAACCUCAUCGACAGGACGAUGAGGAUGCGACGGGAGGAGCAGGAGAGACAGGUGGUCCUUGCCUGGGCCGUCCUGAACGGCUCCAUCGCCGGGAUGAUCUACACCGAAAUGUCUGGGAAACUGCUCAGUCGCUACUACAACAUAACCUACUGGCCAAUCUGGUACAUUGAGCUGGCGUUGGCGGUUCUCUUCAGCCUGAAUGCCCUGUUUGACUUCUGGAAGUAUUUCAAGUACACCAUGGCCCCCUCCUCCAUCGCCAUGUCCCCAGAACAACAUCGCCUGCUCGGCCUCACCAACACUAGUAUAAAGGUAUCCCCUGUCCUGAAGGCUGAAAAGAAAGAGGCUCCGUCGGCUGCGCCCCCCUCCUCCCCCCUGCAGGGUCAGAGUGUGCUCAGCUUCAGCCCCUCACGGCCCCCCAGCGCCAGCCCCAAAUUCUCGCCCCCCACCCCCAGCAUGGUGCCCGGCUACAGCCCCCCCUUCACCAGCCCCUCAGGCACACCCGGCAGCACGGGCGCAUACUCCCCCUCCUCCCUCAGCUUUGGAAAGGUGCUGAGUGCCAGCCCGUCUCCUGGUUCUCCCCCGUACCCGAGCAGUGUGGGCCCAGCGGAGGGCUGCGGCCUGCGGGCUCGAUACCGCACCUCGCCCUCCGUCUUCAGCUCCCCCGGUGGCAAGGAGGACUACAUAGACGACCUCAAGGGACUGGAGAGAUUCCUACGCUCAGAAGAGGAGAAGAGCCAUCGCAGCCAACUAGGAAGUCCCGAGGCGGCGUCUCCGUCCCACAGCCCGUCCUUCUGGAGCUACAGCCGCUCGGUCGGGGACUACGCCCAGAGCCUCCGCAAGUUCCAGUACCAGCUGGCCUGCCGAUCACAAGCCCCCUCCGCACACAAGGACGAGACCGACCUGGGAUCCAAACAGGCCGCAGAGGAGGUGUGGGCCAGAAUCACUACUAGCAGGCUGGUGGUGGACAGUGUGGACACUUGGACGGCUAAACUCAGAAACUGGAUUAGUGACACUAUCCUGGUGCCGCUGGUGAAGGAGAUUGACAACGUCAACGGCCAACUGAGGAGGAUGGGAUGCCCUGAGCUACAGGUCGGAGAGGCGAGCAUCAGCAGUCUAAAACAGGCAGCGGUGACCAAAGCUUCAUCCAUCCCCACACUCAACGCCAUCGUGCAUUACCUGGACAUCACGUCUAACCAGGAAUACCUCACAGAGAGACUCAAAGAGUUGGCCCAUAGUGGCUGUAUGAGUUCGUUCAGGUGGAACGGGGGAGGGGAGCUGAAGAACAGAAAAUGGGACACUGACCUCCCUACAGACUCAGUGGUGUUGAUGCAUGUGCUGUGUACCUACCUGGACUCCAGACUGCCCCCCCACCCCAAAUACCCCGACGGCAAAACCUUCACAACACAACACUACAGCCAGGCCCCAGACAAACCAGAUGUGACCAAUGAGAACCUGUUCUGCAUCCACCAGAGCAGCACGACCCCGCCCCACUACCAGCUCAUCUACCAGGGACAUGUCUACAGCCUGCCCAAGGGUCGUAAUAAUCUGUUCCACACAGUGCUGAUGUUUCUCUUCAUCAUCAAGACCAAGGAGUCGGGAAUGCUGGGGAGGGUAAAUCUGGGCCUGUCAGGAGUCAACGUCCUCUGGAUCUUUGGAGAUUGAACACAUCCCCCUCUUCUCCUAUCCUCCUCCUCCUUCUCUCUCCUCCUCCUCUGGAUCUUUGGAGACUGAACACAUUCCCCUCUUCUCCUAUACUCCUCCUCCUCCUCCUCCUUCUCUCUCCUCCUCCUUUGGAUCUUUGGAAAUUGAACACAUCCCCCUCUUCUCCUAUACUCCCCUGUAGUCCUCCUCUCCCCUCCCGUUUUGUCCUUCUCUCCUUCUCCUCUAAUUCCUCUCUCUCCUCUACCCUCCUCCUCUUCUCUUUCUCCUCCUCUCCUACUCUUCCUGAUCUCUCCUCUACCUGCCCCUAAAAGCACAUCAGACCCACAUGGACACUCCUCCUUCUGCUCUCCUCCUCAUCCUCCUCUCAUCCUUGUCUCUCCUCUUCUUCUCCGCCUGUCCUCCUCAUCCUUGUCUCUCCUCCUCCUCUCAUCCUUAUCUCCUGCCGCUGAAGGCCUCUUUUUGCCAUCCUUCUCCCUCCUGUCUCUGAAAGCACAUCCCGUAUAAUAUAUGGACACUCAUCAGACAGCCUUCCUCCUUCUGUUCAACACACACACACACACACACACACACACACACACACACACACA